CACAUUUGCUUUGUUUUUCUUUGGAGCUUUACUGGAAACCAAGUGCUGUUGCGUACUAGCUGCAGAAGCAGAAGGGGAAGUUGGCAAGAAUUAACUGCUUUCUGUUUGGUCUGUCUGAGGCAGCUGACCUUUUGGAAGGAAAUCGCUGCUCUUUGCUUCUUCCUGUAACAGUACCGCCUGCGAAAGAACAUACACACAGAAGGUUCUGCCGUUAUCCUGGCUGAUGUCUUGGGGCAUAAGCUGUUAGUUAAGAGAUUGUAAACCAUGGCUGUGUGGAUACAAGCUCAGCAGCUCCAAGGAGAAGCCCUUCAUCAGAUGCAGGCGUUAUAUGGCCAACAUUUCCCCAUUGAGGUGCGGCAUUAUUUAUCCCAGUGGAUUGAAAGCCAAGCUUGGGACUCAAUAGAUCUUGAUAAUCCACAGGAGAACAUUAAGGCCACCCAGCUCCUGGAGGGCCUGGUGCAAGAGCUGCAGAAGAAGGCGGAGCACCAGGUGGGGGAAGAUGGGUUUUUACUGAAGAUCAAGCUGGGGCACUACGCCACCCAGCUCCAGAGCACAUACAACCGCUGCCCCAUGGAGCUGGUCCGCUGCAUCCGCCACAUCCUGUACAAUGAACAGAGGCUGGUCCGGGAAGCCAACAAUGGCAGCUCUCCCGCUGGAAGUCUUGCGGACGCCAUGUCCCAGAAACACCUUCAGAUCAACCAGACGUUUGAGGAGCUGCGACUGGUCACGCAGGACACAGAGAAUGAGCUGAAGAAGCUGCAGCAGACGCAGGAGUACUUCAUCAUCCAGUACCAGGAGAGCCUGAGGAUCCAGGCUCAGUUUGCCCAGCUGGCCCAGCUGAGCCCCCAGGAGCGCCUGAGCCGGGAGACGGCCCUGCAGCAGAAGCAGGUGUCCCUGGAGGCCUGGCUGCAGCGCGAGGCCCAGACGCUGCAGCAGUACCGCGUGGAGCUGGCCGAGAAGCACCAGAAGACCCUGCAGCUGCUGCGGAAGCAGCAGACCAUCAUUCUGGACGACGAGCUGAUCCAGUGGAAGCGGCGGCAGCAGCUGGCCGGGAACGGCGGGCCCCCCGAGGGCAGCCUGGACGUGCUGCAGUCCUGGUGUGAGAAGUUGGCUGAGAUCAUCUGGCAGAACCGGCAGCAGAUCCGCAGGGCUGAGCACCUCUGCCAGCAGCUGCCCAUCCCCGGGCCAGUGGAGGAGAUGCUGGCCGAGGUCAAUGCCACCAUCACAGACAUCAUCUCAGCCCUGGUGACCAGCACGUUCAUCAUCGAGAAGCAGCCCCCUCAGGUCCUGAAGACCCAGACCAAGUUCGCAGCCACCGUGCGCCUGCUGGUGGGCGGGAAGCUGAAUGUGCACAUGAACCCCCCCCAGGUGAAGGCCACCAUCAUCAGCGAGCAGCAGGCCAAGUCCCUGCUCAAGAACGAGAACACCCGCAAUGAUUACAGCGGUGAGAUCUUGAACAACUGCUGUGUCAUGGAGUAUCACCAAGCCAUGGGCACCCUCAGCGCCCACUUCAGGAACAUGUCCCUGAAACGAAUUAAGAGGUCUGACCGUCGUGGGGCAGAGUCAGUAACAGAAGAAAAAUUUACAAUCCUGUUUGAAUCACAGUUCAGUGUUGGUGGAAAUGAACUGGUUUUUCAAGUCAAGACCCUGUCCCUCCCAGUGGUGGUGAUCGUGCACGGCAGCCAGGACAACAACGCGACGGCCACCGUUCUCUGGGACAAUGCUUUCGCAGAGCCUGGCAGGGUGCCAUUUGCGGUGCCCGACAAAGUGCUGUGGCCGCAGCUGUGCGAGGCACUCAACAUGAAAUUCAAGGCCGAAGUGCAGAGCAACCGGGGCCUGACCAAGGAGAACCUCGUGUUCCUGGCGCAGAAACUGUUCAACAGCAGCAGCAGCCACCUCGAGGACUACAACAGCAUGUCCGUGUCCUGGUCCCAGUUCAACAGGGAGAAUUUACCAGGACGGAAUUACACUUUCUGGCAGUGGUUUGACGGUGUGAUGGAAGUGUUAAAAAAACAUCUCAAGCCUCAUUGGAACGAUGGGGCCAUUCUGGGGUUCGUGAACAAGCAACAGGCCCACGACCUGCUCAUUAACAAGCCAGAUGGGACCUUCCUGCUGAGAUUCAGUGAUUCGGAAAUUGGUGGCAUCACCAUUGCGUGGAAGUUUGAUUCUCAGGAGAGGAUGUUUUGGAAUCUGAUGCCUUUCACCACCAGAGACUUCUCCAUCCGGUCCCUGGCCGACCGCCUGGGGGACUUGAAUUACCUUAUCUAUGUGUUUCCCGAUCGGCCCAAAGAUGACGUGUACUCCAAAUACUACACGCCCGUGCCCUGCGAACCUGCCACCGCUAAAGCGGUUGACGGAUACGUGAAGCCACAGAUCAAGCAAGUGGUCCCUGAGUUUGUGAACGUGUCUGCGGACGCCGGGGCCAGCACCACAUACAUGGACCAGGCGCCCUCCCCAUCUGUGUGCCCCCAGGCUCACUAUAACAUGUACCCACAGAACCCUGACUCAGUCCUGGAGACCGAUGGGGACUUCGAUCUGGAAGACACGAUGGACGUGGCGCGGCGCGUGGAGGAGCUCCUCGGCCGCCCGAUGGACAGUCAGUGGAUCCCUCACGCACAGUCGUGACCCCUCGGCCUCGCCAUCUUCAGCUUCUUCGUCCGUGCCAGAGGAGUCACUCUUGUGGAUGUUCUAAUUCCAUGAAUCGCUUCUCUUUGGAAACAAUACUCAUAAUGUGAAGUGUUAUUACUA